GAUUGAACCGCAAAAAGGAAGGAAGGAAGGCAGUGAAAAAGGCCGGGCCACUUGUACAAGUCUCAGAGAAUGAACAUUAGCGUCCUAACGGCGGCACACAGGAAGGAACCUUCCCCUCCUAUUUCCCUCCUUCCCUCCCUCCAUUAAAACCCUCCCUUCCCAAAUCUGCACCUCUACCUUCACCUUCACCUCUGUCUCUCGUAUGGACAACUUCGACGACUCCACCACUCCAACGGCGAGCGCCUCCGUCGCCGUUGCUCGCUCCGGCCACUACGCCCUCGACGGCAAGAUAAUGCUCUGCACCGUCGUCGUCCUCUUCGUUGCCCUCCUCGUCAUCCUCAGCUUCCACAGCUAUGCCCGCUGGUUCAUCCGCCGCCGCCGCAGUGUCCGCCACCGGCGCUUCAACCACGACUCCUCCCCGCUGGCCGCUGACUCACCCUCCGGCGGUGGCGGCCUCGCCGAGUGCAUCCUCAAGUCCCUCCCCGUCUUCACUUUUGUGAGCUCCAGAGACGGCGACGUUGGCCGGUUCAUCGAGUGCGCCGUCUGCCAGUCGGACUUCGAGGACGGCGAGACGGGCCGUCGUUUGCCCAUGUGCGAGCACGUUUUCCACGCAGGCUGCAUCGACACGUGGUUUGAGUCUCACUCAAGCUGCCCGCUCUGCAGAGCCCCGUUUCAGGCCGACUUUCGGGCAGCUACGGAGGGGGCUCCACAGGAGGACGUCGGCGGCGCUGCGGCGGCGCAGGGGGUGUUUUGGUUGGUUGAGGUUUCCGAGAGUGAGGCUCGUAUGAGUUCGUCUUUGUCUUCCUCACCGUCGCCGUUGUCGUCUUGUUGUGGUUCUUGUUCUUCGCCACCAUCGCAGGAGAAGGCGGUCGCAUUAGAGGGAAUAACUGUGGAAGAGCCGCCGCCGGCAAUGGAGGAGAGAUAUAAGGAGUUGGAGAAAAUGGGUCUGCCCGAACGUAAUCGGUCCAAGUCCCCGGGUUAUCGGAUCCUGUCCUUGAAAAGGAUCUGGAGUAUCUGACAAACCUAAUGGGGCAAAACUGUUCUCUUUUUUUUUUUUUUUUGUAGCCUCUUUCCUUU